GGGGUAUUUGAGCGUAGAUCGACGACAGAUAAAUUCAGGCAUCUGCAGCGAUGCUGUUGAUUAUAAUCCACUCCUUUGAUACACUUGAUUCUGCUCCACUGGACUUCUAAUACCUAAUGACAACCCCCAGAAAUCAAUCGUCGUCGUCGGCGGCGGCAUCUUCGGUGCAAACUUCGUGCAUUCUUUCCUCGACACCCUCGUCCGUCAAGGUCUGCAGUCAACCGUUUCAAUCACACUGAUCGAGAAACGCGAGCUGUCGGUGUAUUUGCCGGUCACGCUGCGGAUGACGGUCGAGGACCAUGAUAGCGAGUAUAUGAGGCCGUUUGAUAAGGUGUUUGCAAAGCAUGAGGGGAUGGGCAAGGUUGUGAAGGGAGAGGUUGUGGAGGUUGAUGGGGAGGGGAAGGUUGUGGUUGUGGAUGAUGGACAGAGGAUUUCGUAUGAUGUUUUGAUCCUGGCAUCCGGUUGCACAUGGGCCGAUCCCAUCUCUCCACCGACAGCGAAAUCAGAAAUCGUCUCAUACUUCCAAUCAAUGCGCGCCAAUAUUGUCAGCGCAAACAACGUCGUCGUCCUCGGCGGCGGCGUCGUGGGCUGCGAGUUCGCCGCCGAGGUGAAGGACAGGUUUCCGCUGAAAUCAGUGACCGUCGUGCAUAACCAGGGACUUCCUGGAUCGGAGUCGUAUGACAUGAAACUACGGCGUGGGAUUGCGAACGUGCUGGAGAAGUUGGAGGUGAAUGUGCUGUAUGAUUCGCGCGGCGAGGAAGAUGCGGAGGCGGGGAAGGUGGUGGUUACGCCUGCUGAGGAGGGGAGUUCGACGCCUGCAAAGGAGAUUCCUGCCGAUGCGGUGUUUAAGUGCUCUAUUGGCAAGCCGAAUACAAAGUACGCCCCAGACGCAUGGAAAGACUCGCGCGGAGUGAUAAAAGUCAAGCAGACCUUCCAGCUGCUGUCUGAUCCCACGAUCUUUGCCAUCGGCGACAUCAACGACAUCAUAGAAACCAAGCAAGCCACGCACGCCAGCGGCAACACGAUCCCCGUACUCUCUGCAAAUGUGCUGGCUGUGCUUAAAGGAGAGGAGGCAAAGAAGUUAUACACGACGCAGUUGAAUGGCGUGGGCAUGGUCAUGGGUCGGCGCAAUGCGGUCGGGGUGUUUCAACUUCCGCUGGUGGGCAUGCGGCAGUUGCCGUCGUUUGCUAUCAGGAAGUUCAAAGGCGAGGAUAUGCUAGCGGGCGUUUUCAACAAGUCUCUGGGCUAUUAGGUCCUUUUUAAUCUACAGAUGUGUUUUCUAUAUUCCUCUCGGGUCCCCAUAUCUGAACGGCCGCAACAGUUGCGGCUCUUUGGCAGGUUCUUGCUUAAUCCGACUGUCAAUCCAUACACCGCCAGAAUACCCGUAGAUAUGAUAUUUGCUAUGUUCAAGUGAGUCUAUUGAUAUAUUAAAGCAGAUAGUAACUCACAUCCUCUUGAUUUUUGGCAUGUACGCUGUGAACCAGUAAACAGGACGAAAUUAAAAUAAUUACAUAAUCACUUUUGUAUACAUUAGUCAUCUAAAUAUUAAUUCUCAGAUGCCUUUUGCUGACUGAACGGCUUU